AUGUCCCCUAACCGUGGUCCCUCAGCGGAGCUGGCCGUGGCGCGGCGCGAGCGGGCGCAGGAGCUGCGGGAGCGGCGCCAGGCGGUGGCGGUGGCCGAGGCGGCCGCGGUGACGGUGGCCCUGCAGAGCGCCCGCGACGCCCACCGGGACCAGCUGGAGCAGCUCCAGCGUGAGAAGGAGGAGCUGGAGGCCGAGCGGGGCCGGCUGGUGCAGGAGCACGAGGAGCUGGUGGCCGAGCUGGCAGCAGCACGGCAGCAGCGCCACAGCGAGAAGCAGCAGGCUCUGGCGCUGCAGGAGGAGGAGCGGGUGGCCCUGGCGGGGACACUGGCGGGGCUCCAGCAGAGCCUGGACAAGGCCAUGGCCGAGCUGGAGCAGCGGCGGCAGGAGGUCACCGGCCACCAGGAGAAGGAGCAGGUGGGCCGGCGGGAGCUGAGCGCCGCCCGGGCCUCGCGGCUGCUGCAGGACGAAUCCCUGCGCAAUUCCCGGCGGGAAUGCCGCGAGCUGCGGGACAGAGCGGCCACGCUGCGGGACAGCCUGAGCACCGCCGAGAGACAGCGCAGGGCCGCGGAGGAGAAGCUGGGGGAGCUGGAGGAGGCCCGGCAGAGGCUGGAGCUGUGCGAGAGCCGCAGCUCCCGGCUGGAGGCCGAGCUGGGCCGGGCCCGCCGGGCGCUCGCUGAGAGGGACGCGGAGGCGCGGGAGGCGCGGGCGAGAGCGGAGCAGCUCCAGGAACAGCUGGCUCGGGCCGGGCCCCGCCCGGUUCCGUUCCCGGUGCCGUUCCCGGUUCCGCCGGGGAGCGGCUCCAAGGGGGAGGCUCCGGCCGGGUCCCCGCUCCACGAGCGGCUCCUGCAGCUCCAGAACGCGCUGGCCGCCGGCGAGAUGGACCGGAGGCUGCUCCAGGAGGGGCUGGAGGAGGCGCGGCGGGCGCUGGCGGAGGCGCGGCGGGAGAAGGGAAUGCUCCGGGAGCAGCUCCGGGAACAGCGGGAGCUGGGAAUGCUGCGGGAACCGGGAAUGCCGCGGGAACCGGGAAUGCCGAAGGAACUGGGAAUGCCGCGGGAACCGGGAAUGCCGAAGGAACAGGGAAUGCCGCGGGAGCAGCUCCGGGAGCCGGGAAUGCUGCGGGAACCGGGAAUGCCGCAGGAACAGGGAAUGCCACCGGAGCCCUCCCAGGACCCACAGGACGAGGUGAAGGAGCGGGAGCCCCCUGGCCAGGCUGGAUCCCCGCAAAUCCCCGCGGGCUCGGCCGAGCGGGAGCUGGAGGAGGCUCGGAAGCGCAUCCAGGUGCUGCGGGCGCAGCUCUCGGUGCUGGAGCUCCGGGCCCGGCCGCUCCCCGGGGCGCCCGCGGAGCUGCGGCGGGAGCUGGAGCGGAUCCGGCUCGGCCGCGGGGACCUGGAGGAGCAGAUCGCGCUGCUCAAGGAGCAGGAGCUGCAGCGCCAUCCCAACGGAAUUUAGGGAAUUCCACCCAAUUGGGAUUUAGGGAAUUCCAUCCGCUCAGGGCUGAGCCAGCCCCAUCCCGGCCCGUUCUGUCUCCUCAUUCCCUUCCCUCCGGGAAAAAGCCGCACUUUUCCCACCAGCCGACAAAAUUUGUCUGUUUUUUAAACAAUUUUGGACCUCAUGGAUGGUUCACCCCAUUUUCCUGCUGCAGUUUUAAAGGAGGAAAAGAAAAAAAAUGGAAAAUACUCCCUUUUUUUAGCCCCAGAAGACCAAACUGAUUUAUUCCACCCCAUCUUAAUUCCCCCUUUUUCUAACAAAAACCUCCCCGGAUUUGUGCUUUUGAAGGAUUUUUUUAGGAACUGUUUUUUUAUGUGGGAUUUUUGGGGAUUUUUACUGGUGCUCCGAGGUUGGGAAAGCCACGGGAAGGGGGUGGUGGCUCUGAUCCCCCUCAGUCCCGGUGGGAAUAAACGUGGAAAAUCCAAAUUGGGA